ACAAACUGGACACUGACAAACCUACCGCUCAGCGUGAUCAUACGUCUGCCUCAUCGUCCACUACAUUUCACCCUCGGGAUCUACAGUAUACACAAUCUUAGAGAAAUGUCUUGGAAACUGGUGAUAGCUGUAAUUCUUGCGCUCCAAGUGACUGUGUCGCUCUGCGACUUGCCCCAGCCGGACCAGGAGCUGGUGGCCAAAUACGGUAAUGUGAUGGACUCAUUUCACAAGCGGCUGGUGCCCUACUUCAGCAUGAUUCGGGACUUCAUAACAGCCCCCCUGAUUGAGCACGUUCUCUAUAGCGAGGUAUCUCUGGACUUCUUCGAAAAACUGUCCCACGUUCCCCAUAUCCAGAGUGUCGAAAAAGUCACCAAAGGUGUGGCUAGGGAGGUCUCAUCACUGAUAGACAAAUCUCGCAUGGCUGCCCUGGGGCUGUACGGAGAGCACGUCAGACCCUGGGCAGGACCCUACGUGGACCGGGCCAUCGCUGCCAUCAUAAGCUUCCUGGACACCUUGAGGCCACACACAAACUGGACACUGACAAACCUACCGCUCAGCGUGAUCAUACGUCUGCCUCAUCGUCCACUACAUUUCACCCUCGGGAUCUACAGUAUACACAAUCUUAAAGAGAUGUCUGGGAAACUGGUGAUAGCUGUAAUUCUUGCGCUCCAAGUGACUGUGUCGCUCUGCAACUUGCCCCAGCCAGGGCAGGAGCUGAAGCUUAAGUACAGUAAAGUGAUAAACAACUUUAUGGACCGGCUGUGGCAGUACUAUGAAAAGAUUGGGCAUCCCAUAAUAGGCCCCAUGAUGGAUAACAUUUUCGACAACAAUGUAACCUCGGACUUCGUUGAAAAACUGUACAAAAAUCCCUAUGUCGAGGCUGCCCAAGACAUCGCCAUAGGUGUGGCUAUUGAGGCCUUUCCACUGGCGGAUAAAACUCACACGGCUGCCCUGGGGCUGUACGGAGAGUACGUCAGGCCCUGGGCUGGACCCUACGUGGACCGGGCCAUCGCUGCCAUCAAUGGCUUGCUGGACAAGGUGAUGCCAGUGGAGAAGCAGUGACCGGGGUCUGGGAGACAUAUUCAUGCUUUUGGAUAGCUGCAUGUCUCGGUAAAAUAUUCUGAGAUCUACGGCGUGUUCCAAAAUUGUACCAGCAUGACAGGAAAUGUAUUGCAAUAAAAAUAAAUUGUAAAUGGUU